CUCAUGCCCGGGCCCUGUCUCACACCUGAGGGCAGAGCCCGAGGCCAGGAUAAAAGGGCCUCAGGGCCAGAGCACCUCCAUCCACUCCUCUCCUUAGGUGCUGACGGACCCUGUGCCGCGUGUGCACUGCUCCUGAAGCCCACCCACCAAGAUGUCCUGCCAGCAGAACCAGCAGCAGUGCCAGUGCCCCCCCAAGUGCCCCCCCAAGUGCCCUGUCCCGGAAUGCCCCCCCAAGUGCCCGCCCAAGUGCCCCCCAGCCCCUCCCUGCUGCGCCCCCAGCUCUGGGGACUGCUGCAGCGCUGGGGCUGGGGGCUGCUGCCGGAGCCACCACAGGCGCCGCAGGUCCCACCGCCGCAGACACCACAGCCCUGACUGCUGCAGCCAGCCCUCGGGGGCCUCCGGCUGCUGCGGAGGGGGCAGCGGCCAGUCCUCUGGGGGCUGCUGCUGACCUGGGCCCUGAGGCAAGAAGCGCUGACCUGGGGCAGCAAAUGGACACACACGUCCUCCCCCUGCUGCUGCCCCUGCUGGGCCUGCCCCUGUGCUGGGAGGUCUGGGGGAGGCCUCUGAGCUCUGGUGCAGAGGAUCCCUGUGCCCUGGGGUCCAGGAGCCUCAAACCUCUCCCCAAACCCAUGUAUUGACCUCCUCUCCCAUAUGUGUGGCGGCCCUGGGAUCCCCAAAGCACAGACCCUGUGUCCCUCUGCAGCUUCUCUUUUUGCCCUAACCCAGCCUGAUGUGAUAUAAUAAAACUGGAAAUCUG